GUGCAAUUUAAUUUCACUUCUUUGCCAUAUUUAAAAAUAAUUUGUAAUCAUAUUGGUAUAUCUGUGCAUGUGGUCGUUUCAAGUCGCAGUUAUAUGUAGGUUUUAUCUGUGGUAUAUGUGUUUCGAAGAUAGUUUUGAUGUGAGUGGUGGUGUGUAGUAGCGUUCAUUUCUUCAAUUGUGAAUUGAGAGAAUGUAUGAUGACGAAGAUCAGUAUGAAGAAGAUGAUGCUGAAGAGAUAUCUUCUGAAUUGUGGCAAGAAGCUUGUUGGAUUGUUAUCAAUGCCUACUUUGAUGAGAAAGGUUUGGUGCGACAACAACUGGAUUCAUUUGAUGAGUUUAUACAAAUGUCAGUCCAGCGUAUUGUUGAAGAUUCACCACAGAUUGAUCUUCAGGCUGAGGCCCAGCAUACAUCUGGUGAAAUUGAAAAUCCUCCUCGAUAUCUGUUGAAGUUUGAACAGAUUUAUUUGUCUAAGCCUACACACUGGGAAAAAGAUGGUGCCCCAUCACCAAUGAUGCCAAAUGAGGCUCGUCUUCGAAACCUAACAUACUCAGCUCCACUCUAUGUUGAUAUUACAAAAACAAUUCUUAAAGAUGGAGAAGAACCUAUAGAAACUCAACAUCAGAAGACAUUUAUAGGAAAGAUUCCAAUCAUGUUGAGGUCUACAUAUUGUCUGCUAAAUGGGCUUACAGAUCGAGAUCUUACAGAAUUGAAUGAAUGUCCACUUGAUCCAGGUGGAUAUUUCAUUAUUAAUGGUUCUGAGAAGGUGCUGAUUGCGCAGGAGAAGAUGGCAACUAAUACAGUGUACGUUUUCAGUAUGAAAGAUGGAAAAUUUGCUUUCAAAGCUGAGAUACGAUCCUGUCUUGAGCAUUCUUCACGCCCAACUUCUACUCUUUGGGUUAACAUGAUGGCUAGAGGUGGUCAGAGUAUAAAAAAGUCAGCUAUUGGACAACGUAUUAUAGCCAUUUUACCAUACAUCAGGCAAGAAAUUCCCAUCAUGAUUGUGUUCAGAGCUCUUGGUUUUGUGGCUGAUAGAGACAUCUUGGAACACAUUAUAUAUGACUUUGAUGAUCCAGAAAUGAUGGAAAUGGUGAAGCCAUCCUUAGACGAAGCAUUUGUGAUUCAAGAACAGAAUGUGGCUCUCAACUUUAUUGGUGCUAGAGGUGCCCGUCCUGGUGUUACCAAGGACAAACGUAUAAAAUAUGCUCGGGAAAUUCUGCAAAAGGAAAUGUUGCCUCAUGUGGGGGUGUCAGAUUUCUGUGAAACCAAAAAAGCUUAUUUUUUAGGGUAUAUGGUUCAUCGACUACUGUUGGCUGCAUUGGGUCGUCGGGAGCUUGAUGAUCGAGAUCACUAUGGAAAUAAGCGAUUAGAUCUAGCUGGUCCUCUGCUUGCUUUUCUAUUCAGAGGUUUGUUUAAGAAUCUAAUGAAAGAAGUGCGCUUAUAUGCCCAGAAAUUUAUUGACCGUGGGAAAGAUUUCAACUUGGAACUGGCAAUAAAAACAAAGAUUAUAACAGAUGGUUUGCGAUAUUCAUUGGCCACUGGCAACUGGGGAGAUCAGAAGAAAGCGCAUCAGGCCCGUGCUGGAGUAUCUCAGGUGUUGAACCGCUUGACAUUUGCUUCAACAUUAUCACAUCUCAGGCGAGUGAACUCACCGAUAGGUCGUGAUGGCAAACUAGCGAAACCUCGGCAACUGCAUAACACACUGUGGGGAAUGAUCUGCCCUGCCGAGACACCAGAGGGUGCUGCUGUAGGUUUAGUGAAAAACUUGGCCCUAAUGGCUUACAUCUCUGUUGGGUCACAACCAUCACCAAUCCUUGAGUUCUUAGAAGAAUGGAGUAUGGAAAACUUGGAAGAAAUAGCACCUUCAGCAAUCGCUGAUGCCACUAAAAUCUUUGUCAAUGGUUGCUGGGUUGGUAUCCAUCGUGACCCAGAACAGUUGAUGGCAACUUUGCGUAAAUUGCGACGGCAGAUGGAUAUUAUUGUAAGUGAAGUAUCCAUGAUCCGAGACAUACGGGAUCGUGAAAUUAGAAUCUAUACAGAUGCAGGACGGAUAUGUAGGCCUUUGUUAAUUGUGGAAGGGGGUAACUUGCUUCUGAAGAAAAGACAUAUUGAUAUGCUGAAGGAAAGAGAAUAUAACAAUUAUGGGUGGCAAGUAUUGGUAGCUAGUGGUGUAGUGGAAUACAUAGACACCCUAGAAGAGGAAACAGUAAUGAUUGCAAUGUCACCAGAUGAUCUGAGGCAAGACAAGGAAUAUGCAUAUUGUACCACAUACACACACUGUGAAAUUCACCCAGCUAUGAUCUUGGGAGUGUGUGCAUCCAUCAUCCCUUUCCCAGAUCAUAAUCAGAGCCCCAGGAACACUUACCAGAGUGCUAUGGGAAAACAAGCUAUGGGUGUGUAUAUCACCAAUUUCCAUGUGAGAAUGGACACACUGGCACAUGUACUGUAUUAUCCACACAAACCAUUGGUCACGACACGAUCCAUGGAAUACUUGCGUUUCCGAGAGUUACCCGCUGGUAUCAACUCCAUUGUAGCCAUUCUCUGCUACACAGGGUAUAAUCAAGAAGACAGUGUCAUCAUGAAUGCUUCUGCUGUUGAAAGAGGUUUCUUCAGAUCUGUAUUUUUCCGUUCAUAUAAGGAUGCAGAAUCGAAGCGGAUUGGUGAUCAAGAGGAACAGUUUGAGAAACCUACUAGGGCCACAUGCCAGGGCAUGAGAAAUGCUCUGUAUGAUAAGCUUGAUGAUGAUGGAAUAAUCUCACCAGGUAUAAGAGUUUCAGGCGAUGAUGUUGUUAUUGGGAAGACCAUCACUCUUCCAGACAAUGAAGAUGAGUUGGAAGGCACAACAAAACGAUUCACAAAACGAGAUGCUAGUACAUUCCUGCGUAACAGUGAAACAGGAAUUGUGGACCAAGUGAUGCUGACACUGAACUCUGAGGGCUACAAGUUCUGCAAAAUUCGUGUUCGUUCAGUUCGAAUCCCUCAGAUUGGAGACAAGUUUGCUUCCAGGCAUGGUCAAAAGGGUACAUGUGGUAUCCAGUACAGGCAAGAGGAUAUGCCUUUUACAUGUGAAGGCCUAACUCCAGACAUUAUCAUCAAUCCUCAUGCCAUUCCUUCUCGUAUGACCAUUGGUCACUUGAUUGAAUGUCUCCAGGGGAAGGUGUCUUCAAAUAAAGGAGAAAUUGGUGAUGCAACUCCUUUCAAUGAUGCUGUGAAUGUGCAGAAGAUCUCUACACUCCUUCAGGAGUAUGGGUACCAACUGCGUGGAAAUGAAGUGAUGUAUAAUGGACACACAGGUCGUAAGAUAAAUGCCCAAAUUUUCUUAGGGCCAACAUACUACCAAAGAUUGAAGCAUAUGGUUGAUGACAAGAUCCAUAGCCGAGCAAGAGGGCCUUUACAGAUUUUGGUGCGACAACCAAUGGAAGGAAGAGCAAGGGAUGGUGGUCUGCGUUUUGGUGAGAUGGAAAGAGAUUGUCAGAUUGCACAUGGAGCAGCGCAAUUCUUACGGGAGAGGUUGUUUGAAGUAUCUGACCCUUACAGAAUCCAUGUAUGCAACUUCUGUGGCCUGAUAGCAAUAGCCAACCUCCGCAAUAACACCUUUGAAUGCAAAGGGUGUAAGAAUAAAACACAGAUCUCUCAAGUGAAGUUACCGUAUGCUGCCAAGUUGCUAUUCCAGGAAUUAAUGGCAAUGAACAUUGCACCUCGAUUGAUGGUUGUUUAAAACUACAAGACUGAUCCUUUGUGUAUCAUACACAAAUCCUCUGUGGAAUAUGAAAAAAUGAGAAUAUUCCUUCACUGUUAUCUGAUGUACUUCCUUCAAAGCAAUGCUUCUUAUGGAAGGAUUCCAUUACUACCAUAUGUAUACUGUGUAAGAUAAGUCUCUGAUCUGAAGACCUUUAAUUUGCAGAAAAACAUUUCCACAAGAUGCUUUUCUUAAAGAAUAAACAAAUUUAAGCAGAUAUUUCCUCUUCACUAUAAUAAUGAAGAUAAAAUAUCAGCUUAAAUUGCUUGUGUUAUGCUGAAAUUGCAUGCUUCUUUAUGACAUCCACCAGCACCUUUAAUUCAAAAUUUGAGUCAUAAUUACAGUGCACUGAUUUAGAAACUUAUGUCUAUGCAGAUCCUCUCUUUUCCACAUGAUUGAGUUAAUAAGUGCUAGCUAAGUCACACAUACUGCUUCUGUCACCAUCAAAUAGUAUCCACUUCCUAUUGUGUCUGGCAGGCACUGUUAAGUAACACUACGUUCUACCGAGUGCUCGCGUCCUGCUCAGUUACUACCAUACCUUGUCAUACAGUGAAAAUAUAUGAAAGAAAGGACAUCCUCUUUGUAGUAUAGAUAGCAUCACUGUACUAAGAAUGUUGAGUGCUUUGUAUGAUUAGUGAUACAAAUAUUUCUCCUAGUUUUGUAUUUGUUCUUAUUCAUAAUUAUAUAUUCCCUUAUUUUUCAGUUAACAGAUUAUGGAAAAGACCAUGUCUUAUGUUCAGAUAAAUGUGGGUUGCCAUAUAGGAAUGAUUUAUUGGUGAAUAUAACUUUAACGUAAAUAUAUUAUAUAAUGAAAAGCGUUCUGUUGGAUCUGCAGUUAGUAUGCAGUGUUAUAAAUUUUCAAUUUUUCUAUUAUGGACUACUGUAUACUAGUAUAUAAAUUAUUUUAUUUUAUUUCAGUGUUACAGGUAUUACACAGAAAUAAAGUCAAAAAUAAAAAUGCUGAAUAUUUUUGAUUACCAACCACUUUAUCCCCAGAAUGCAAAUGGUAAGGAACAGUCUACUUAUAUACAAGAGCAAAGCCAUUCUGAGUGAGUGCACAACAGUUUCUAUAUAAAUGUAUGUACAGUUUGUAUCUUCACCAAUAUGAAUUAAUAGUGUUGUGUAAACUGAGGUUAUUGUGUUGGAUGUUACAUAUUUAAUGAAGCAUAUGGAGUACUGAAAUCUGUCAUAGUUUAUCAGUACAAUACAUUUGCACUUUUAACUUACAUACUGUAAUACAUAAAGAAUAAUUUAUAUACAUUUAGUCCAGCCAUUUAGUUUUGUAAUGUGUUUGUGCGAGACAGACUUGUAUCUACAGUUUUUACGUAUACGACUUUGCCAAUAAAGUGACUGAAGUUAGAUUUUCAGCCAGAACAAGGA